AUGGCCAAGGAAGUGGAACCAAGCGACGCCGAGAAGAACAUCGAGAUCUGGAAGGUGCGAAAGCUGAUCAAGAACCUCGAGGCCGCUCGAGGUAACGGAACCUCCAUGAUCUCGCUCAUCAUGCCCCCCAAGACCCAGAUUCCACAGUACUCCAAGAUGUUGACCGAUGAGUACGGAACCGCCUCUAACAUCAAGUCUCGAGUCAACCGACAGUCGGUGCUCUCCGCUAUCACAUCCACUCAGCAGCGUCUCAAGCUGUACAACCGAGUGCCCACCAACGGUCUGGUUAUCUACUGUGGAGACGUGAUUACUGCCGACGGCAAGGAGAAGAAGAUGUCCAUUGACUUCGAGCCCUUCAAGCCCAUCAACACCUCUCUUUACCUGUGUGACAACAAGUUCCAUACCGAGGCUCUGUCAGAGCUGCUGGAGUCCGACUCCAAGUUUGGCUUCAUUGUCAUGGACGGUAACGGAGCCCUGUUCGGUACUCUGUCCGGAAACACCCGAGAGGUUCUGCACAAGUUCACCGUUGAUCUGCCCAAGAAGCAUGGUCGUGGUGGUCAGUCCGCGCUGCGAUUCUCCCGACUGCGAGAGGAAAAGCGACACAACUACGUGCGAAAGGUGGCCGAGGUGGCUGUCCAGAACUUCAUCACAAACGACAAGGUCAACGUCAACGGUCUGAUUCUGGCCGGUUCUGCCGACUUCAAGACCGAGCUGAACGGCUCUGAUCUCUUUGACAACCGUCUGCACGCUAAGGUCAUCAAGACUGUCGAUGUGUCGUACGGAGGAGAGAACGGCUUCAACCAGGCCAUCGAGCUGUCUGCCGAGACUCUGUCCAACGUCAAGUUCGUUCAGGAGAAGAAGCUGCUGACCCAGUACUUCGACGAGAUCUCCAUGGACUCUGGAAAGUUCUGUUACGGCUACGACGAGACUCUCAAGGCCCUGGAUCUCGGAGCCUGCGAGACUGUCAUUGUCUACGAGAACCUUGACAUCCAGCGAAUGACUCUCAAGAACAACGAUGGCGAGGAGACCAUUGUGCACAUCAAGAAGGGAACUCCCACCGAGGAAUACCUGAUCGACAAGGAGGGUAACGAGCUGGAGGUGGUCGACGAGAUUCCUCUGCUCGAGUGGCUAGCCGAGCACUACAAGGACUUUGGCGCCCAGCUGGAGUUUGUCACAGACCGGUCCUCCGAGGGUGCCCAGUUCGUCCAGGGCUUUGGUGGUAUCGGCGCUCUGCUCCGGUACAAGGUCAACUUUGAGCAGCUCGUGGAGGAGUCUGACGACGAGUACUACGACGACUAA